AUGUUACUAUUUGCAAAAGCAUGCAUUCUUCUAAAUUUAAUUGGCAUAAAAACAGUUUUUUCAAAAAAUGAAGAAUUUUUAGAUCUUAUUGAUUAUUCUCCGCUACAUGAAGAUGAUUCAUUAUUUCCCCUUACACAUAGAAGUUCACUUUAUCAUGUUCGUUUAACAUAUCAAUUGCAGAAACUAGAACUUGAAAAUCUAUGGUACAAUUACAAACAUGAUUAUUAUUAUAUUGCAGCUAUGUUGGCUCCAGGUCAAUUACCUUAUUGUCAAAAUGACAUAAAUAAAAUAUGUACUAAUAUUAACAAUAUGAAUGAAAGAGUUCAAAGAAUUUGUACAUCUAAAACAAUAUGUAAUCAUGCAUACAAUGAAAUAAUGACAGGGAUAAAAAAAACAGCUCAAGAACUUUCAGACAAAAAAAUAAGUGAGCAUGAUAAGUGUAACAAACUACAAAUGAGGUGUUUUCUUUUCGAACACCAUGGUAUGUGGUAUCUUAAUGAAAAAUGUAAAGAACUUAAAGAACAUUGUUAUAAUAGAGUCCGUAUGGAAACAGCAAGAACACUUCUCUAUGAUAUUUUAAGAGGAACUUCAAAUGAUUCAAAGUCUUGCCUAGCAAGAUUAAAAAAUAUAUGCCAAUUACUUAAUCAACAGAGCCCUGAAUUAUUUACUUUAUGUAUAGAUUGUACCAGCGUUUGCAAUGAAUUUAUUUCAUAUUCUCAAGAAGAGUGUAAAAAAUUUGGGAUUCAAUUUUUAUCAAAACAUAAAACAAUAACACAAGAAAAUUGUGUAAAAUGGUUAGGAAUAUGUUAUUAUGCUAUUCCAGAUUGCCAAAGUCUCCACAGUCUAUGUCGUUUAUUCCGAAUGGAGUGUUCUGAAAAAGGCUUUUUCUAUAAUCUAAACAACCAUAAUUCUGAUCUUUUUAAAAAUCCAUCUACCGAUCUAGAUGAAACUGGUGUUCAGCAUAUCUAUGAAAAGUUGCGUGAUUUAGGUAUCCAUGUUACUGGAUUAGAAAAAUAUUCGGAAUUGCAUGUGACUAACUUUUUGGUUCAAGAAUAUUUAACUCAAGAAUACUAUCCAGGGUAUCCGCAAUGUAAAAAAAUAUUUGAUCAAAAAUGUUCAUCGAUACAAUAUUUAAAAUUAAUCAAAGACAUAUGCACUAAGAAUUCACGAAAUACAUAUAGUGCUUGUUAUAAUAUAUACCCUGGAACCAAAGACUAUUGCUACUCUCUCAAAAUUGAAUUUAAGAGUAAUAUCUGGUUUUGGUCAUAUCCGGAUCGCCCUCUUUCAAAAGAAAAAUGCAAAGAGUAUUUAUUAGUAUGUUAUUUUAUGCAUAAAGCUAUCACUUAUUGGCUAAGUUAUGACUUUUGCAAAGAUAUACGACUUGUUUGUUACCAGGCAGGUUUGGAAAGUGCAGCUAAUAUGGCUCUAAUAAAAAAAUUAAAUGGAAAAUUGGCAUUAGAAAAUGAUGCAGAAUCUUCAAGCAAUCAAAAUAAAUGCGAAAAAGCUCUUUUAAAGGAAUGCAAUCAAUUUAUGUACCAUAGUUACCAUGUACUAUAUAGAUGUUUACACCCGAAAGAGACAUGCAAAAAUUUGACAGUUUUUGUUGAUAAAGAGAACAAAAAUUUGAAUAUGGCUCUAAUAGAUGCUGUUGCAGUUCCUGACUAUGAUAAGUGUAAAAAAUAUAAAAAAGAAUGUCAUAAAUUGGGGUUUUAUUUUCAAUCUACUAAAAAUUUAUGCGAAAAACUUAAUACUACUUGUAAAAAUAUAGAUAAAAUGAUACUAUUAGGAAUAGAAAUACUUAAAAAAGGUUUAAAUUUUUAUAAUCAAUCUAUUUGUUUUAAACAUCUUACUGAUCAUUGCACACAAAAUAGUUCAUAUUCACAUACAAUCUGUCAUGAUAAAACGAAAACGUGCAAUCACAUACUCAAGCAUGUUUCAGCAUAUUGUACACAGCUCUCGCGAUAUUUGUCACAUUAUAAGGUUUUCAAUAACCAUAUAACUCAUAUCAGUCAUAGUCGUUGUGUUAGUUUCAAAUAUCACUGUAAAUUGCUUAAAGGCAGUUGUCCUGGAUCUUUAAACAACAUAUGUACUGAAAUUGAGGAAAAGUGUAAUAGUACUUCAACUCAAACUAACGAACUUAAUAAUUUAAUUAAGGAUUUUGGCGAAGAAAUAUCUAGUUAUGACAAAUGUUAUAAAAAAUUAACUCAAAAAUGUAAAAAUUUUACUAUGGAAAAAACAAUGAAUAUAUCAUGUGCUAACGUCAAUAAUACAUGCAAUCAUUUAGUGAAUCAUUUAAGGGAAAUCUGCGAUCAUCUUGCAUUAAAAUUUUUUAAACUUUUAUCUAUUAAUUUUAAUUCUACUACAGAAUGUCAAAAAAUAAUAUCUUCAUGUUCAUCUAUAGGAUCUUCUUGUAAUGGAAUUAACGACAAAAUUGCUCAUAUAUGUGAUAACAUUGUGACUAAAUGUAAUUUACCACCACAACCACCAAUCCCACCAGUACCGCCACCACCAAUACCUCCACCACCAGUACCACAACCACAGCCACCAAAACCACCACAACCACCGCCACCAAGACCACCACAACCACAUCCACAGCCACCAUCGCCACCACCACCACAUCCACAGCCACCAUCGCCACCACCACCACAUCCACAGCCACCACCACCACCAAAGCCAUCAAAACCAAAACCAAAACCGACAAAUUCAACUACAAGCUUAACUACAAGUUUACCGACUACAGAUUCAUCACCUGCAGCUCCGCCAACUACAUCAAGCUCACCGACUACACAUAUACCAACUACAGACACAUCGGAUAUAUACACGUCAAUUACAGGCACAUUGGAGACAAGUACAUUAGAUACAGACACAUUAAUUACAGAUACAUCUACAGACACAUCUACAGACACAUUUACAGAGACAUCUACAGACACAUCUAUAGACACAUCUACACAUGCAUCUACACGUACAUCUACAGACACAUCUACACGUACAUCUGCACGCACAUCUACACGCACAUCUAAAGAUACAUCGAUUACACGUUCAUCAACAUCCACACAUUCAAGACAUAAACCAACAAUAUCACCAAGUGACCAUGGAGAAGGCUAUGGACUCAAAGCACAGGGAUUACAAAUGAUAAAAUUGAUUUUGGAAAUUGUAGGAAUAAUAUUGGGACUAUGGAUAAUUAUUUAA